UUAAGAUGCUGUGCUGUGGAGAAGUUCAAGGUGAGGUGUGCAGGGGCCCCACAAGACAGAGAGCUUUCUUUGCCUUUUUUUGGUGCUUAUCUGUGCAGGGCGCCAGCAGCAGCAGCUUGUUAAGCUGGUCUCCUUUUCCAGCAAGUGUUGUGAAGGUCCUGCAAACAUGGUCCAUGCUGAGCGAGCCACCUUCUCAGUCAUCCUUACUGGAACGCUUCUGGUGACGUGUUUGUUACCCGACUUUCUGGAUGCCAGCCCAGUAGGCAAGCGGCUGAAAGGAGAUGGAGGGGAUAAUGAUCUUUCACUUAUGAAGAAGUCAGAAGUGUUGGGUUCAGCAAGAAGGCUUCAGCGUUCCAGGAGGAACAUUAACUGGUAUAACCAACAUUCAGACUUCUGGAACUGGUACAAGUACUUCAGUGACACUGGCAAUCAAGAAGGGGUCAAUGAAUUAGACAGGAUGUAUCUGAAGUACCUACAAAACAAAAAUCGAGCCGAAGGAAUGCGGUCUUAUGACCUGUACCUGCGCCACCUGGGUGACAUUUAUAAGGCCUGUGCUAAUUCAGAUAACCCCAACUGUAUCUCUGACAUGACAGGAAGGUCAAAGCCUGACGUGAAGCCCACCACUCCACCAGCACCUCAGGCUGCCCCAGUAAAAGGGUGUGAUCCGUACAGGGAUCCUUACUGCCAGGUUAUGCGAGUAGUCCCUCAGGCCCCAGCACCUUACAAAACCUUUGCACCUCCUGCUCCUCCUGCUGGCUAUUAUUACAUUACGGCUCCCGCACCUUUCCUAAGUGCUCAACAAAAGUCUGAACUGGCACGUAUCUGUAGUCCCACUGACGUUGAGUGUCUUCAAUACCACCUACGUGCUGCAUAUGGCUACACCUCUGGGUCUGCUUCCCCUUCCUAUGCCUUUCUAGGAUGUGAUCCUAAGAAAGACCCGUAUUGUCUUCAGAAACCAGCAAAAGAUGAACCCUACCACCGUUAUCCUAACUGUGACCCCAAUUAUGAUCCUUACUGUGUUCCUGAAAGACAAAGCCCUGCACCACUUGCACAGUCAUCUUCAACCUCUGUUAGCUGCAACCCACUUUUUGAUGACAACUGCAAUCCUCUUACUGCAACUAAAUUUCUCAGUGAAGAGCAGAGGGCUAAAGAUGAACCAGCACCUGAAAAUGGCUGUGACCCUCGUUAUGACCCAUACUGCAAUCUUCCUAGCCCUUCCCAAAGUGACCAUACAGGCAGUUCUCUUCAGCGUUAUCCAAUGACUAAGGGAAAAACUAAGGAAGGCUAUGACUGUUACAUUAAUUAUGAUGAGGAGUGUUACCCUGUUCGCCAAUCGCAACCUUCCCCUGCAGGCCCAUUAAAUGCAGCCAGGUCCCUAUUUGACUGUGAUCCAUCUGAUCCCAGAUGUCCUCUUUUCUCCAGCCGCAGGAGGUCUGUUCGUGACUGUGAUCCUAGCUAUGACCCCAACUGUCAGGUCACUAACUCAUAUUCUAACUUGUACCCCCAGAUCCAAAAUUCCCAGCAAAACUGUAAUCCUUACUUUGAUCCUAACUGUCGCCAGAGUGCAACCAAUACUCAAUCCUACCACCCCUACCUAAACCCAGAUGGUUACCGUGAUGGAGUGUACGAACCAGAUGAAGACUGUGACCCAGAGUACGACAGAAAUUGCCGUCUACGCCGUCGUGAAGAGAAGAACAAAGGCCCUGCUUCAGAGUCCACACGCCAUGAAAGAAGCGAUACUCAAGGUGAUAAUGAGCAGAUGCCAGCUCAAGAUGAGCCAAGACACGGUCACAGGGAUACCUAUGAAGACAAGCACACCUCUGAGAGGAUCCCUGCAGAAGAUCCUUACAGGGAGGAGGAAGCAAGAAGAGAGGAUCCAUAUCACAGAUAUGAUGAAACACACGAGGGCAGCGAAAAUGAAUAUCCAAAGUAUGAGGAAUCGCAAGGUGGGUAUGAGCAGGCAGAUGAUAGCACCAAUGAUGAAGACUACCGGAAGAAGUAAAAUCAAAUAAUUCUUCACCUUGUGUCAAAUAGAGCAUAAGGCUUCACUCUGCAAGCCCAUUUGAGCAAAAAUGUAUUGCGCAAGACAGCGAUGAGCUAAGGAAGACUUUGUCCUAUAAAAAAAGGGAAUGGGAUGGAACCUGCUGAGAAAACAAGCCUGCUUUUCUUAUGUACAUAUGGAAUUCACUUUCAGCUUUAAAAGCAAAUGAUCAGCCUGGUGAAAGUUUCUGUAAUCUGUGAUGGUAGGGGGUAGCGUGCCUAAGUGUACUUGAAAUGGGUCUGCAAUCUCUUCCUCUAUGUGCCUUGAAUGUCUCUUAAAGAGUAUUUAAUAAUGGGCUCUGCUUGAAACGUCUCUGACCCUAAACGAAGAACGUUUGGUUUUAUUUUCAAAUAAAAGCUUUCAAUAAAAAACUAGAUUUUCUCUACCUUU